CACAAGCAGCGCGUCCCAUGAGCAGACAAGAAGGAUUUAACAGUGCUGCAGUCUUAGCGAUCACUUCUGAAAAAUGUCUGAACAACGAGCCUUAAAGAAUCCCUAUGCAGAUUAUACAGGGCCUGGAUGUACACAAGACAUGUUUGACAUGCAGGGCAAUAUGACCCAUCAAUUUGCCAGUCAUGUAAGCAGAAAGAUAGGUGAGCUUCUGGCCAUCAUGGAGAAUGGACUGAAGAAUGCCGAUCCCAGGGACUGUACAUGCUACACUGGCUGGGCAGGAAUUUCCCUUCUAUAUCUGCAUCUCCACAGUGUGUUUGGAGACCCCUCUUACCUGCAGAGGGCUCUGGACUAUGUCAGUCUCAGUCUGAGGAGUUUAACCCAACGCUGGGUGACCUUCCUGUGUGGAGAUGCUGGGCCGCUGGCUAUAGCUGCAGUGGUCUAUCAUCGCCUCCAGAAACCUCAUGAGGCUGAGGAGUGUGUGAACAGGCUGCUACAGUUUCACCAGUGUGUAGUGCAGGGGAAUGGCAGACUUCCUGAUGAGCUGCUGUAUGGCAGAGUGGGGUAUCUUUAUUCACUCAUCUUCAUCAAUCGGCAAUUUCAGCAGGAGAUUAUCCCCAUUCAAUACAUUCAACAGGUCUGUGAUGCUGUGCUGUUGUCUGGACAGAGUCUGUCUCAGAAAAACAGGAUUCAGGAACAAACCCCCCUAAUGUACGAGUGGUAUCAGGAGGAGUAUGUGGGUGCCGCCCAUGGACUGUCUGGGAUCUACUACUACCUCAUGCAGCCUGGUUUUGUUGCUGGAGAGGACAGGCUUUCCUCUCUGGUCAAACCCAGCGUGAAGUACAUGUGCCAGCUGAAGUUUCCAUCAGGGAAUUAUCCUCCAUAUGUGGGGGAUUCUCGAGAUCUUCUGGUGCACUGGUGUCACGGCGCUCCAGGAAUUAUCUACAUGUUGAUACAGGCUUUCAAGGUGUUUGGUGUAAAGCAGUAUUUGGAGGAUGCGCUGCAGUGUGGGGAAGUGAUCUGGCAGAGGGGUCUUCUGAAAAAGGGCUAUGGACUUUGCCAUGGAGCUGCUGGAAAUGGGUAUGGUUUCCUGGCCCUUUACAAAAUCACGCAAGAUCCCAAACACCUCUACAGAGCCUGUGUGUUUGCAGACUGGUGCAUGAAUUAUGGAAAACAUGGCUGCCGGACUCCAGACACUCCAUUCUCUCUGUUUGAAGGCAUGGCAGGCACUAUUUAUUUCCUGGCUGAUUUGCUGCAACCAGCUAGAGCGAAGUUCCCUGCAUUUGAAGUGUAAAGACUGUUUCAGACGGCUGAGGUUCUUCGCUUGAGCUUCGUAGAGCUGUAAGAACGCAUCCUCUGACAGUGGGAUAGAACUGUCACUGCAUGUAUGUCUGCAUAUCUCAAGUCUGCCAAAUUCUCUCAAAGUCGUAUGAGAGUUGCUUUACAUGUGGGAAACAUGACACCAGAGAGAUGCUGUUUACUCUAAUCUAAUUAAAGGUGAAUGGGAUUGUAUUUUCGAGACUAUAAAGGAUAAAUGCAUAUGACUAUAAAGGCAUAUGCUUACCAGAUUACACUGAUUUACUUUGUGAAAUAUUUCUAAAUGUUACUAGGGCAGUUUUCACUGACUCAUUAUUUUGAUGUAUUUGUUAGAAUGUAUUCUGACAUGAUUUCAACACAGCAAUGUUAAGUUUUCCAUCCCUGUAAAUUUAAGUAAAAGUGCUUACAUACACAGAGUCGACUUCUUUAACGUUACACUCAAAAGACACUUUUGACAGUGUUCAAAUGCUUUCAGUAAGAUUUAUGUCCUUGGUAUAUGCAUUACAUAUAUACAUACAAAACAUCCAUAUAUACAAAACAUGUUUUUUCCUUUUUAAUCUCUUGAUAAUACUGGUAGUGAAAUGAGAGUAUGUAGCAUAUAACGGAGCUAAAGGCACACCUUAAGGAAAUUUUACUUUUUUUCUGGCAAACAAAGUGUAUCAAGAUUCAAGAAAUACAUUUAUUUUUAUUCUAUAUUGAUGAAGCAGCAUAAUUUACAUGAGGAUAAAUAACAGAAGGUUGUUAUGAAUAAAAUUCUUUUUUUGUUUUUAUUUUUACACCUGGGGUAAAUGGUCCCUUCACUUGGAAUAAAAGGCCUCCAUUGGUUAUAUAUUAUUGUAGUGUGCAAUUUGUCAACUUAUGCAAAUAACUAAGAAAGCAAAAUAUUAUUAUUUUUUUUAAUUAAGAUAUACUUAUUCAAAAUAACCACAGCAGAAAAGGGUGCAUAUUUUCUUGUUAAUUUCAAACAUAUAUUGAUAGUUCAUCUCAUGUAUAAACGAAUUAAUCUCCUUUGUGAUUGGGGGGUAAUUUUCUUACCCCAAAAAUCCUUUCACUUAUUGGAUAGCAAUUCAAUUUAUAUAUAUAUAUAUAUAUAUAAUCUUAAACCAAAUUUGAAAAUGACAAAUAAGUCUUUUUGUUUCAAAAUAAGUGUGAAAAUGUCCAGGAUAUUCAUUAGCUACAUACAUUUAAAAAUAUGAAAUAUGAAUCAAAUUGCCUUAAAAUCAUACUUAAGACAUUACACACAGUGAUCUCAUGGAACAGGAAAUUGUUGUAGUUUAUAGUGACAAACUGGUGUUUACUAAAUGUUUUGUUGCUUUUCAGUUUUUUUGGGAGAAAAUAAAAUUAAAAGAGCCCUGUUGUACCUUACUGCAAAACAAACAUACUGUAUGUUAGAUGGUAGAAUUUGUUUCCAUUUUCAUUUGCAAAAAAAACCAACAUAAAAGUCAUAAUUUGUUCAUUUUCAUCUACACCAAUAAAAAAAUGAGGAAA